GCGCAGACGAGGGGCGCUGCGUCUCGGGUGUCGCGCCGGAGACGCUAGUUGGGCCACGCUGGCCACGGUACUUUUUCUUCUCCUGCUGCGUAAAGCUGGUUGGGUGUUUUUCGCCCGCUCUUAGCGGCGGGCGUCUUGUGUAAAAUCGCGCCGCAGGCUAUGACGCGGAGCUGUCUGGAGACCUUCUCCUGACGCCUCCGUAGCGCGGAGGGAUGUGGACUCCUGUGGGUCGGGGCAGGUGGCACGGUCGCGCGCUCACGGUGUGGGCCACCUCAGCUGCACAUCGGGGGCUCCUGGAGCCUCGCCUCACGCCGAGCCGUGGGGCUGCUGCCAAGUCCAGGACUGCGGACAGGCUCUACAGCUCUGCCGACCGCAAGGAAAAAAUUGACAUGUCUAGAUUCUCUGUUGAAAAUAUUAGAAAUUUCAGUAUCAUUGCACAUGUGGAUCAUGGCAAAAGUACUUUAGCCGACAGGCUCCUGGAACUAACAGGCACAAUUGAUAAAACAAAAAAUAAUAAGCAGGUUCUUGAUAAAUUGCAAGUGGAACGAGAAAGAGGAAUCACUGUUAAAGCCCAGACAGCAUCUCUUUUCUAUAAUUGUGAAGGAAAGCAGUACCUUUUAAAUCUCAUUGAUACACCCGGCCAUGUUGAUUUUAGUUAUGAAGUAUCCAGGUCACUGUCUGCUUGCCAGGGUGUUUUACUUGUGGUUGAUGCAAACGAGGGUAUUCAAGCCCAAACUGUAGCAAACUUCUUUCUUGCCUUUGAAGCACAGCUGUCGGUAAUUCCAGUUAUAAACAAGAUAGAUCUGAAGAAUGCUGAUCCUGCAAGGGUUGAAAAGCAAAUUGAAAAAGUGUUUGAUAUUCCAAGUGAUGAAUGUAUUAAGAUUUCUGCUAAACUUGGAACUAAUGUUGAAAGAGUUCUUCAGGCAGUCAUUGAAAGAAUACCACCUCCCAAAGUGCAUCGCAAAAAUCCCCUGAAAGCUUUGGUAUUUGAUUCCACAUUUGACCAGUAUAGGGGUGUGAUAGCCAAUGUAGCCUUAUUUGAUGGAGUGGUUUCCAAAGGAGAUAAAAUUAUAUCUGCACAUACUAAAAAGACAUAUGAAGUUAAUGAAGUAGGAGUUCUGAAUCCUAAUGAGCAGCCAACACAUAAACUAUAUGCAGGACAGGUGGGCUAUCUGAUUGCUGGGAUGAAAGAUGUCACUGAAGCACAAAUAGGAGAUACAUUAUAUUUACCUAAACAACCAGUGGAGCCCUUGCCUGGGUUUAAAUCAGCGAAACCAAUGGUAUUUGCAGGAAUGUACCCUAUAGACCAAUCUGAAUAUAAUAACCUGAAGAGUGCUGUAGAAAAACUGACUAUAAAUGAUUCCAGUGUGACAGUUCAUCGGGAUAGUAGCCUUGCCUUAGGUGCUGGCUGGAGGUUGGGAUUUCUUGGACUUUUGCAUAUGGAAGUUUUCAACCAGCGACUGGAGCAAGAAUAUAAUGCUUCUGUAAUUUUGACAACCCCAACUGUUCCAUAUAAAGCUGUUCUUUCAUCAGCAAAAUUGAUAAAGGAAUACAGAGAAAAGGAAAUUACAAUCAUCAAUCCUGCACAAUUCCCUGAUAAAUCAAAAGUAACAGAAUAUUUGGAGCCAGUUAUUUUGGGUACAAUUAUCACACCAGAUGAAUAUACUGGAAAAGUAAUGAUGCUUUGCCAGGCUCGAAGAGCAGUUCAGAAGAAUAUGAUGUAUAUUGAUCAAAAUAGAGUUAUGCUUAAAUAUCUCUUCCCUUUGAAUGAAAUUGUGGUGGAUUUUUAUGAUUCUUUGAAAUCCCUGUCUUCUGGAUAUGCUAGUUUUGAUUACGAAGAUGCAGGCUACCAGACUGCAGACCUUGUAAAAAUGGAUAUUCUACUGAAUGGAAAUCUUGUAGAGGAGCUGGUAACUAUUGUACACAAAGACAAAGCACACACUGUUGGCAAAGCCAUAUGUGAACGUCUUAAGGAUUCUCUUCCUAGGCAGCUGUUUGAGAUAGCAAUUCAAGCUGCUAUUGGAAGUAAAAUCAUUGCAAGAGAAACUAUGGUGGUGAUAUUACCCGAAAAAUGAAACUUUUGAAGAGACAAGCAGAAGGAAAGAAAAAACUGAGGAAAAUUGGCAACAUUGAAGUUCCAAAAGAUGCUUUUAUAAAAGUUCUAAGAACACAACCUGAUAAGUAAUUGGUGGAAAAAAAUACAGUGAAUUUUCAUAAAUUAAAACGUGUAUCUUUUAAUUUUUCAUAGCAAUUUAUAUGUUGACAAAAGAAUGAAAAUUAUUAAAAUUUGCUUGUUACUUUCAGGGUUUUUAGGUUUAAAUAACCUAUUAGCUCUUUGAAGAGUAAGUAGUGGGCAGGUAAGAGCUUGGAUUCUGAAACUAUAUUGUCUGGUUUCAAAUUUCUGUUCUACCACUCACUAGCAAGGUAAAUUAUUACUUAACCUCUCUGUUUACUCUUUAGUGAAGUCAAGAUUAUACUGUUAUUUACCUCCAUAGGUUGUUGUGAAGAUUGUAUUAGUAUGUUUAAAAUAGAAGAGUGUAUGACACAGUACUGUUCAGUGAAUCUUAACUAUUUUGUUUUCAGGCAUAUUUUUUUACACUACAAGGCCCCAUACUUUAGAUUCUAUCUAGUUCAAGCCUAAGCUAAAGUAUUUUCAAAAUCACCUAAGUAUCAAUUUGUUAACUGGAGAAAUUUAGAUUUAUAUGAGUCAGUUAUCAAAUAAAGUCAAAUAGCAUUCUAGCUGGACAUGUGCUGUCUAGUGUUAAAUUUUUUAUGUUUGAAACAGUUUAAUACACAUCUAAAUUAAGGGUAGGGCUGUCUGAUCUUGAUAACUAAGAUGCAUUUGGUGCAAACCGAUAGGUGUUUGGUAUUAGCAGCUAUUAUUAAUGCAGUUUAAUAAUUAUUGUCUAGAUUUCAUAGUUGAGACAGAGCUUUAGUUAAGUAACUUGAGUCACACAGCCAGUAAAUGGCCACCAUGCUGGUUCUUACUUCCAUUCACCCAGUUAGUGAACAAACCAGAGGGCAGACUGUAUUACAAUAAGAUACUUUAGCCACUGAAUUUUGCCCUCUACCUUGAAAGAACUGAAUGAGGUUAGCCAUUGAACUUUUUUUAAAUUUUUUUUAUUGUUAAUCACCAUACAUUACAUCAUUAGUUUUUGAUGUAGUGUUCCAUGAUUCAUUAUUUGUGUACAACACCCAGUGCUCCACGCAGUACGUG